AUGAGGUUGACUGUGCCCGGCUGCGUGAACGAUCCCCGCGCCAUGCCCUACUUCCGCUUGCUGGUGGUCACCACCGCCAUGGCGGUCUACUUGGCUAUGGGAGCGUCGGUGUUCCAGGCAACCGAGGGACCACUGGAACGUGAGACCGAGGAGAGAAUUGCGAAGGUGACGAUGGACUUUCUGAACAACCAUCCCUGUGUCUCGGGUAAGCUUCCGGCGCACCGACAUCUGCUA